AUGCCACCUAAACAGAUCCAGGCCGGACGCAAGCCAACCACAAGGGCGCGUCAAUCGGCACGGCGACGCGAAAUCAUUGAUGAUGGCAUUCCAGAUGUCUAUAAUGACAUGCUUGCUGAAGCCGCAGCCGAGGAACAAGCAUCUUCUUCAAACAUAAAACCCUCCAAACGUAGGAGGAUUAGCGAGGAACCUCCGGACAAGAUUGAACUCGACGUCGAUCUGUUCGGGUCUUCGGCAGGCGCCACAGAUCUGAAUUUGGACAACGCUAGUGAAAAUGAGCAUCCUCCCAAAUUGCAGCAGAUGGUCUACGAUGAAUUCGAAGGUUCAGACGAAUCCGAUGUCGAAUUUGAAGAUGUAGAACUCGAACCGGUCGCAGAGGAUGACGCCACAGGGCCGCCCCCCGAACAGAAGUCUCUUGAGCUUGAUCUCUCUCGGACAACCCUAGACAUACGAAAUCGUGGCAUUCAACGCCGAAAACCAGUUGGCCCGGCUGAACGAAAACGCCGUCUAGAGGUGCACAAGGCGCAUUUAAUUUGCUUGUUGGCAAAUCUCAACUGUCGGAAUCGCUGGUGUCAAAGCGACACGGUGCAGAGCAUUCUGAAGCCUCUUGUGCCUAGGAAAGUGACUGCGCUGCUCCACGUCGACGAAUCCAAACCUCAAUAUCAACGUUCCCACUCCUUCAACAAGGGCAUUGAAGAGAUCUGUUCCCUAUGGAAACAGCAAUGGACCGUUACCGAAAGAGGGAUGCGACGGGCUUCCUGGAGAGACAAUGUCGAUGCAGUCAAAGAAAGCGAGGACGCCGAGGAUGUCGAUUUCGAUGAUUUCAAAGCCGCUGCAAAAUCCCGAUCGGGGUCGCGAGAUCUAGGCGCCCAAUUAUUUUGCGCUCUACUUCGUUCUGUCGCGGUGGAUGCCAGAUUGGUUUGCUCUCUUCAAGUUCUGCCAUUCUCUGGAGUCGCCAAGGGCCCAAGUCCCGAAAAACCAAAACCGCAAUACUACUAUGCACCUCCUCAAAACUACAGUUCUUCUUCUCAGCACACGACUAUCACUCGUCCUGAACGGGCAACACCGAAGAAAAGACGAAUUAUCGAGUCUCCAUUCCCCAUUUUCUGGGCGGAAGUUUUCUCCCCUUCCAUAUCAACUUGGAUUCCAUUGGAUCCAUUAGUCCGCAAUACAAUCAACAAGCCAAAGACCGGGUUCGAGCCUCCGGCGUCUGAUCAAUUGAACAGUAUGACAUACGUGAUUGCCGUCGCAGACGACGGCUCCGCCAAAGACGUAACACGUCGAUAUACCCAAUGGUACAAUGCAAAAACUCGAAGACAGCGUGUCGAAAGCACCAAAGGCGGAGAAGAAUGGUGGGAGAGAACAAUGGGAGUCUUUCGAAAACCGUUCGUUGAAGUCAGAGACGAAAUUGAAGAUGCAAGCUUGCUCAAACGUGCUGAAAGCGAGCCCAUGCCGCGGAAUGUGCAGGAUUUUAAGGGACAUCCUGUUUAUGUGCUAGAGCGACAUUUGAAGAUGAACGAAGUUAUUCAUCCAAGACAUGAAGUCGGCAAAGUGAGAACUGGACCCAGCAAGAAUGCAAAGCUUGAAAGCGUGUUUCGCAGAAGAGACGUGCAUCUAUGUCGGACAUCGGAUGCAUGGUAUCGGCGUGGAAGAGAUGUGAAUGAAGGAGAACAACCACUGAAGCGAGUAAUCUCAAAACGCCGACGAGAUCCUCAUGCCGUGGCCAUCGCGACCGGGGAUUUCGAUGGAGAUGGUGACGAGGAGCCGGACGAAGGCAUGGCUCUGUAUGCCGAAUAUCAAACGAGUAUUUACGAGCCGCCACCGGUCGUUGACGGGCAAAUCCCCAAGAAUGCAUACGGAAAUCUUGACGUCUAUGUCUCCACAAUGAUUCCAGCCGGGGCAAUUCAUAUUCGACACCCUCUUGCAGCGCAGGCUGCUCUGGUUCUCGAUAUCGACUAUACCGAUGCCGUGACGGGAUUUGAAUUCAAAGGACGACAGGGCACGGCCGUCAUCGAUGGUGUGGUGGUGAGCAUGAACAUGCGCAAUGCGAUGAUCGAGGUGAUAGAAGGCUUGGAGUCUCAGGCCAUGGAAGAGGCGGAAGAAGCCCGCAGCAAAAUCGUUCUCGGGAUGUGGAAAAGAUGGCUUACUGCGUUACGAGUGCGAGAGCGUAUCCAUCAGGAGUAUGGUGAUAGAGCGGAACGGGAUGACGAAGACGACGCAACGUACCAGGACGAUGCUGAUCGAAGUGGAGGGGGAUUCAUGUUUGACGAAACGGAAAAACAAUCCACUAAUACCCCUACGUCACCUGCAUUCCCAAACCUCAAAUCCCUCGAUCAGCUUCUCCCACCGGAGGUGGUUCAUCAGGAGAUUAUUGUGAUCAGCUCUCCGAAUCAUCUUCCCGAAUUCCCCGACUCAGACACUAGAGCAUCCAAGCAUGCGAAUCCAAAGAACAUGACGGACGAAGGUCAAGGUGGAGGCUUCAUCAUCGAAGACGAUGAUAAGAACAAUGAUGUUGGUGGUGGUUUUGUCCUUGAAUAUGACAACAACCCUGAAUCGAGCUCAGGGCGAGCUCAUACUGGAUCGGACAUACCCAUUGACCAGGGAGGCGGUGGCCUCAUGCCCAAAGAGGAGGAUGGACACGAAGAAGACCCCGAUCACGCAACCAUUGCUGAAACCGUAGAACGGGAUAUGGGGAUCAACGAGACAGCGGGCGGAUUCUUACAUGACGACGGUCAAUCUCAGCCCUCAGAGACAGCACCUCGCGUUCACACCUCUGAAGCAGUCGAAAAUUCACAUGCUGUAGCCGCUACUGCCAUGGCUUCCAAGCACGAAGAUGGUGUUGGCACAGCACAACCCCAGCACCACGACGAGGUACUUCCAUCCAAACGGGGUGACAAAACCACACACACAGAAAACGAGGCACCAUCAAGACCGCCACACUCGCCUCCAAGUCUUCGCUCCGAAACGUCGCUGCUUUCGCAUGACCCGGACGAAGAAGACGCAGAGCCCGAGUGGUUACUCAAUAGUUUAGGGGAGAUGGAUUAA